CCGAGCUUGCGGCUUUCGAAUGCAUCUUCGCAGGCAGGCAGCGCAUGCGCUGGCGACGCUCUUCGAGGCCGAUGCAAUGCGCCUGCUGGUUGCCAGCAGACAGGCUGCCGAACAUCGGUCUCUCUCUUGCCCGGACCCUCCGGAUGAAAGAUCCGAGCUCCAGUGUGCACGCGUGGAGGUCGGCGCAAGGGACGUGCAGCUGGCCGUGCGCAUGUCUGGCAACGAAAUUGAUGGGCAGAGGAAUGAUCUCUCUCCGCCCCUCAAUGGGACUCCACAGCACGGGGGGUACAGCUGGCUCGAACGCUGUUGGGGUCAAACGGCGCAACUCGCUGAAAUUCGGCGCAUGCUCACGCUUUUGCCAGAGGAAACAGCCCGGCGAAUCGUGCUUAGGCUCGCAAAACGUGCCGGCAUCCUGCGACACACUGUCCCCAUGGUGAAUGCCGUUUGGCUCGAGCUCGGGCGGCGACUCGCGGCGAGGCUGCUUGCGGCGGGGCAUGUGCUGCAUUGCAUCGCGAUGAGCCAGGUUGACGACGAUGAGGAGAGCGACGAGCGAGACAGCGACGAGGAGAGUGUUCACCAUGAGGAGGAGGAGGAGGAGGAGAGCGAGGAGGAAGACGGCGACGAGGAGGACGGCAACAAGGACGACGCUCGCUGGGAUGACACCCACUCCGAGUGGGUGCUGUUGCCUAGUUCCGAGAUACUGGCACGCUUCUAUGGUGUCAGUCUCUACGGCUGUAAGUUCCGAGAUGCCACAGACGCCUAGUCUCGUAUAGGUACAGCAUGAGGCACUUAA